UUCUUUCAUCAACUCUCAAAGAAAAAAAACAAUCUUUGACAAAAUAAUAAUAAUAAUAAUGAGGUAUAGAAUGGAAAGAUUUGUGUUACUUCCAUUUUCUGUGGGUUGCAUCUCUGAAUCAAGUGUUGCAAUUGGUCAUCAGCAGCAUAAAAGUUCAAGCCUUCAUCAAUCCAACUUAAUUCCCACAAGAAGCCUAGAAGAAGAGAAGGAAGAUGAGGAAGAUGAUGAGAAAAACUUGGAGGGUGAAAAUUUGAAGAACUCAUUGGCCCUUCCCAAAUUUCAGAGGCUUUUUAAGAAUUUCAAGAACUUGUCUCACAUAUUUGUGGACAAGGACCAAAUGGAAGAAGAAGAGGAAGAAAUGGGGAUGGAAAUAGGAUUACCAACAGAUGUGAAGCAUGUAACACACAUUGGAAUAGAUGGUGAUGAAGCUACUUCAUUAAUCCUUAAUUCAACAAGGACUAAUUGGGAUUAUCUUAAUCUCAAUGCCCCUAAUCAUGAUUUACUCACUCAAUUCUCUUCUAAUUUCCCUUUUGCCAAUAUGGCUAAUCACUCCCCUAAUCACACAUCCAUGGCUACUUCCUCUUAAUUAAUAUUGUAAAAUUCUACUUAAUACUUUUGGAUGUUACCAAAAGUAAUUGUACUAUGAUGAUUACUUGCUUAUAUAGUUUGUUGAGUGUGAGGAAAAAAUUCCAAAUGUAUAUUUUCUCCUCCUCUUUUUCUUUUUUACUUUACUAAAAAACAAAUGAGUUCAUUAUUAUUAUUAUUGUUGUUGUUGUUGUUUGUGUAAUCUCAGUAGGGGUGGAUCUAUAAAUAGAAAUUUCUGG